CCUGCAACCGAAGGCCACUCUACUGGAGAAAAACCUAACGAUCUUCUCCCUCUUUUGUCCAAGAAACUCUCAACAUCACUGAUAUUAAGCAAGACGUGCUCAAGUGGAAUAUACUCGGUGAUAAACUAUCGUGAUUCAUCAUUGAUCAUGGAGCUAUUAUUCACUCGACCAUCGAUAUGAUGGCAUCCGAUUAUCAUCAUGGGGCGUUGGCUUUAAAACGCGUCUGGUCCAUAUUCCUGAUCUUCCAUACUCUCCGAGCGGCAAACAAGUUAUCGUCUAGCGAUGGCAUUGGAAAUCAAGGACCACGCUGAUCUUCUCCCUCCACUCUUGUCCAAGAAAUUUAACAUCACUGAUGUUAACCAAGACGCGCUCAAGUGGAAUGAGGAGUGGGAGGCGGCGAUCGCAUCGUCAACUGCAGCAGACGUCCUCAAGGAGAUCUCUCAUUUCCUAGAUGAUUCUUUCUUUACUCCUGAUAACAUCGAGUUCUUACACCGGGAUCUUCGCGGCAUCCAAGGUCACGUAGCCGAAAUCCUGCGUAGCCUGUUCAACAAAGGUCAUUUUGACACUAUCUGGUUGCUGUUGAAUGUCGCUGAGCAGAGGAGACAUAUCCUUGAAGGCCUGAAGGGGGCAUCUGAAGCACCUACGUUUUGGGGGCAAGAUUGUCGUGCAUUUUGCCCAGAGGUCACAGUUUCGAAUUUCCUAACGCAGGGCGGGAAGGGCUUUGUCGACUUUCUCACCCGUGUCUUGGAGAUUACCGAGUCGUCCACUAAACCAGCAUUCCUACCAAACUCAUGGUGGGAACAGGCGUCGAACCUGCCAAAUCCAUGGUGGGGACAGGCCUCGGAUGUUUCACCUCGAAAAGAGACAUCCCAAAGCACGAAGCUUUUGUUCGAAGUCGCAACUAUCCAGAGGAAUAAGUUUAUCGGGCAUUUUGUUCUGUCCUCGGCGUUGUCGAUCGUACGUGACAUCACCGAUCGUAGCGAGGGGAUGAAAGGAGUUCUGCACAUCAUGGAGAAUACCGAGGGAUAUGUCGCUCAAUCUUUAGCCCAUGUCAAAACGACCCUCAGGGAUAAACCUCUUAUCCGCUGCGAAAAUUGCACGAAGACGCCAGAAGACAUCGGACAAGGUGUUCGCUUCAUGGUGUGCAGUGUUUGCAAGACAAAACUCAAAUUCGAGGUACAUUAUUGUUCUCAAUCCUGCCAGAAAGAUCACUGGUCCGUUCACAAAAAGUCUUGCGGCAAAAAGAAAGUAACACGGGGUCUGAGCGGAACAAAGGGAGACUCCCUUUGGGCAUUCAGUGAGUCGGAUCCCGUCGCCAACCUUCUACGUAAUCUCCCAGAGAGGUUCACUCUCAGAGACAUUGGAGUGAAUCCCUGCAAGGGCAAACGUUCUCCCGCUGCGGAGCGUCAAGCCGUGAUGCUUGAAGCCGACAAAGAUGCCGAUUACUUCCUUUUCACUGCGAGCGGCGAACGAGUUCGCUUUGUGAUCGACGAUCGAGGCGCGAAAAUGAUCUUCCGGACCAAUCGCGGUGUGGCAAUGAUGCAGCCAACUGAUACUGCGAGUGCUAGUGCUCUAGGGGAGUAUAUGCUCAGACUCAUGAGCAAAUAUCCUGGACUGAGUCGGGAUAUCAUCCUGAAGCAACUCUGCGCGGAAUACGGAGACGGCAUUACCGAAGAUAUCGUACAGUUGGAGCGGCAGUCUCAAGAACGGGGAACGGGCACGUUCAUAGAGUUUUUUUUGAAGGAUUGGUCGAAAGUAUUUGGGAAUUUCUCCUGGCUCGCAUUGUUAUGAACAUCUCGAAGUGUCUAUGCGCGUGUUUUGUAUGUCAGAGAUUAGGUUUUCACUCGCGGCCGCCAACCAUUUUCUUCUCUAUAAAAGCUCCACUUGAUCCUAUGUCUUCU